CGCCUGUCGCCCCGCAGCGCUGCUCGUGCGGCCGCUCGAGAAGGAGCCGGCGGUGGCGAAGCUGCUGCGCGUCAUGCAGUUCCUGUCGCGCAUCGAGGAGGGCGAGAACCUCGACUGCACCUUUGAUAAGGAGUCAGAACUGACCCCUCUUGAGUCGGCGAUUGGUAUUCUGGAGCUCAUCCAGAAAGAGUUCUCCGUGGCCGAAAAGACGAUGGAAUCUAUCCAGAAAAUGGUGAAAGAAGCUGCUGUUAUAGUUUGCAUCAAAAAUGGAGAGUUUGAUAAAGCCUCUAAAAUCAUCAGGAGACACAUGGGGAAGACUCCCAUAAGCCAGAAAAUGAAGACAGAGUUUCUCAAUAUUAUCCGGGAGAGGAAUUUGGCUCAUCCAGUGAUCACCAACUUCUCUUACAAGAGUUUUCAGCACAGCAUGUUCCAGUUUGUGGAGAUCUAUGUGGAUGAUUCGGAGCCGUUGCUGGUAACGAUGGUGAAAAAAAUGUUCAAUUCAGAGUGUGCUGAAGAACCAAAAUGCCCAGCAGCAGCUCCUGAGCCUGCAAAUGGACUGCCAGACCCACCAGGUACUCCCAAGCCUGCAGAAAGAGCACAGGAURUGGCAGGAGCUCCCACGUCUGCAGAAGGGGCAGAGAACCAAGCAGUAACUCCUGAGCGUGUAGAAACAGCAGCUAAUAUCUUGGAAGAGUCUCAAGAGCCCAUGGAAAUAUCUAAAGAACCAGCAGCAGCAGCUCCAGAACCUGUGGAAGUGUCCUCCAAGAACUCAGAAAGGCAGCCCUCUGGAAGUGUAACCACAUAUGGGAUUUCUGUUCUGAGAGAAGCCUUCAAGAUUCUGUCGGACUCCCAGGAUUCUGAUGCGCUCUUCACCAAACUGGAUGAAACAGACAUUUCUUUCCCCAAGCAACUAUCUCCUUCUGUAUCCCACAGAACCAAGAAACGGAAAGAAGUGGAGAAUCAAGAUUCUGAGAUCUCAGAGCCUCCUGAAACACCCCAUAAGGGCAAACGCUUGUUGACCAUAAGCAAACUGGUCAUGGAGCAGGAGAGCCAGUGCAGCGAGUUGAGUGAGAGCCCAGACUCAUCCCAGGAGCCAGUUGUAUCUUCUGCUUCCAGACCUGCUCAGAAAUCGCAUGACCAGCCUGGGUCUACUAAAAAUCUCAAGCUCUCCAAAGCAAGGUGGAACAGCUCAUUUGCUGAACAAGGAAAAGAUGUUUGGAGCGAGGAGGAUGACCUGUUCGCAGAUGCAGUGUCACUUGAGACGAACAGCCACAACUCUACGGUCUUCGGUUCCAAGAAGCAGAAAUGGACAAUCCAGGAGAGUGAGUGGAUCAAGGAAGGAGUGAAGAAGUUUGGGGAGGGCAGAUGGAAGUCCAUUUGCCAGAAGUAUCCCUUCCAGAACCGCACAGCAGUGAUGAUCAAGGAUCGCUGGCGGACCAUGAAGAAGCUGGGAAUCCUCUAGAAGUGGAAGCCCAGGGAGCUUCAAAGCAGAACCUUUCUUUGCCUUUGCAAGAUGGACCAGAACGAUAACAGCAGAGAGGUUCCAGCGCCCUUCCCUGAGGGCUGCUGGUGGCUGCUGGGCUACUUGGUGCUGGAGAGCCCUGCAGCAGACAGCACUGGUGUUCAAUGGGAAUGAGGUGCCUUCUCUUUCUCGCUGUAGCUGCCACGUUUACAUCUGCAGUUGGCAGAAGCUGUUCAGCCUGAUGGCCAGUUACUCAGACGUGGCCUGGAGUGAGACUCUCUUCCAUCUGCAGCCUUUGCAGACUGGAUUUCAGCUUCGUGKGCUGCCAAAAUGAAAGUUUUCUCUGCUCAGAUGCUGUCAAAUCAGUGGCUAUUUUUAUAUGUUUUAAUUUGUCUUAAACUGCUUGUGUGGUUUUUUCUUUAUUUUUUUUUUGUCUGCACUCUGUCCCUCUCGCGAGGGGCAGAAGGCAGUCCCAGAGAUUCUGUGGUAAGAAAUUUGGCAAGGUGAUUUGUUCUUUCUUUUUUUACAUUUCUCUCUGCUUUGUAAAUAUGUAGCUUGCAAGUGGGAAUUUCUCUCCCCCACCCUCCCCUCAAGAUUMUUGAGGUUUUGACAAAUGCCUGUUUUUUAUUUCAGUAUUAGGUAUUGAUCAUUCCCACGUUAAAAGUU